AUGGUGCCUCUCGCCGCGAGGACGGUGGGCCAUAAGCUGUUCAUCGGGGCGCAUGUCAGUGCUGCUGGAGGUGUCCAAAACGCCGUUCUCAACAGCACCCACAUCGGCGCCAACGCUUUCGCACUCUUCCUCAAAUCUCAGCGCAAAUGGGCGAACCCUGACUUGCUCGCCGACCACUGCACAUCAUUCCACGACCACUGUGGCAAGCAUACCUAUGACCAAGGAAAGCACGUUGUGCCUCAUGGCUCGUAUCUGGUCAAUCUUGCCCAUACGGACAAGGCACGCACAGAGCAGGCUUACACGAGUUAUCUGAACGAUCUGAAGAGAUGCGAGAGGUUAGGGAUCAAGCUGUACAACAUUCAUCCUGGAAAUACGGUUUCGAACGAUCGUCAAGAGGCGAUCAGACAUCUGGCGAAGAAUCUCAAUGCUGCGCAUAAGGAGACGAAGAGUGUGAUCACGUUACUCGAGAACAUGGCCGCGGGUGGGAAUGUGCUCGGAUCCACGUUUCAGGAUUUGGCGGACAUCAUUACUUUGGUGGAGGACAAGAGUCGUAUUGGUGUCUGCAUUGACACUUGUCAUGCUUUCGCGGGUGGCUACGAUUUGCGGACACCGGAAGCGUGGAAGAAGACCAUGGACGAGUUCGGAGAGACCGUUGGGUUUGAAUAUCUUCGAGCAUUCCAUGUGAAUGAUUCAAAGGCGCCUCUCACCAGCCACCGAGACCUCCACGCCAACAUCGGAACGGGCUUCCUUGGCCUGCGAGCUUUCUGGAACCUCGUCAACGAGCCCCGAGUCGUCGGCUUACCCCUAGUACUCGAGACGCCAAUCACAGUGCGAGAUGACGAAGGCAACAUCAUCAAGAUGUUGGAGAAGAUGGUGGGCAUGGAUGUCGAAGGCGAGGAGUUUCAGGAGAUGGAAGAGCGGUUGGCGAAGAAGGGGAGGAAGGAGAGGGAGAGGAUUGGAGAGCAGAUUGAGAGGAAGAGGGAGAAGGAUGAGAAGAAGGCGAAGGGUGGUGGGAAGAAGAGGAAGAAGGGAAAGGGGGAGAGUGACAGUGAGGGGAGUGAGGUGGAGCAGGAUGGUUGA